AAAGGGGGAGUUUAUGCACUCUCUCGUUUUUAAAAGAGGAUACAUUCUAAAGAAGAAAACCGUCGUAAAAAAAUAAAGGGACAACUUCUUGGGUUUUGUAUUCUCCCUUCCUCCCACCCUCAGCCGAGGUCGUCUAGCUGGAAAAGAGCUGGAGACCCAUUCUCCUGCGUGGCACAAGUCUGGUGUUUUUCUUUCAGCUGCAAAUCCCGACUGAACGGCGGAGCUGAGUCCGAGCAAGAGGAGCUGGAAACCCGGUUACAAAAAAACCAAAAAAAACCCCGACUUUGAUCGAGAAGCCUUUGCUGGCUGAAUGGCAUAAGCGAAAAGGAGGGUUUUCAUUCAUUUUUCAGCCUCCCAGCCACCACCCCUGUGGAUCUGGACGCGUUUUUCAGACCCUCUCCUCCCCUCGUACACAGGCAUUCAGGCGAGCGACACUGGCGAUUAUUUAUAAUGCUGGUAAAAGGCUGCUAAAAAACAAAACAAUCUAAUCUUUACAUUUCUUGUUGGAAAAACACCGGGCCUGAUAGCACUGUAGGCGCACUGCUGUUUUCAAGAGAUGGAGACUGAAGAUGGGGAUUACCAUCAUUUAUCCGGAAAAAUCACUGGCUUGUGUGCCAUACCAACCGACAUCAAAGUAUCUUGUGAUUGGCAAAAAUAGCAGACUGUUUUAGCAUUUUUUUGUUUUGUUUUUGGAACUGUCUGUUCUUUACGAUUUAUAGCCUACACAUUUAGGCUUUAUUAUUAUUUUUUUUUUUUUAUAGAGCCAAUCAUCAUACAAUCGGAAACAGCGCAUUUGUAGCGCAUUGUAGCAUUCUGGGCUACAUUUGUUUCCCCCUUUUUCUCCUUUUUUUUGUUUUUUUAAAGGUUUCUUUUUUUUUAAAAGAAAAAGAAAAAGGUGUGUAGGCUACUAGUCACUGCAUUUAGCUUAAGGUAUUUUUUUUGGGAAGACGAAUAAUGUUAAAGAACAUGAGAUCUGACACACCGACCUUGUUUUGGGGUCUGAUGCUGUCUGUCUCCACCAUCUGCAUCUGGUCCACACAUGGAGAGAUCUGUGGUCCGAGUAUCGACAUCCGAAAUGAGAUCAGCGAAUUCAAGCGGCUGGAGAACUGCACGGUGGUGGAGGGCUACCUGCAGAUCCUCCUCAUCAUCGAGAAAACCAACAACGUCCAACAGGAAGUCUUAAGCUCCCUCAGCUUCCCCAAGCUGACCGUCAUCACCGACUACCUGCUGCUGUUUCGCGUCACGGGCCUGGACAGCCUCAGCACGCUCUUCCCCAACCUGAGCGUCAUCCGCGGGCGAAACCUCUUCUACAACUACGCCCUGGUGAUCUACGAGAUGACCAGCCUAAAGGACAUAGGCCUGUACAACCUUAGGAACAUCACCCGGGGCGCCAUGCGGAUUGAGAAGAACCCCGAGCUCUGCUACCUGGACUCAGUGGACUGGUCUCUCAUUAUGGAUGCUGAGUUCAACAAUGUUAUCAAUGAGAAUAAGAAAUCAAAGGAGUGCGAUAAUGUCUGCCCGGGCAUCAUGGAGGAUAACCCUCUUUGUCAGAGGACGCUAAUCAAUGACAAGUACGACUACCGCUGCUGGACAUCCACCAAGUGCCAGAAAGUUUGCCCGAAUCACUGCAAGCUGGCCUGCACAGACAGAGGGGAGUGUUGCCACAGCCAGUGCCUGGGAAGCUGCACCGAACCCAACAACGACAUGGCAUGCUCGGCCUGCCUCCACUACCACCACGGGGGCCGCUGUGUGCCCGACUGUCCCCCCAACACCUACAAGUUCGAGGGCUGGCAGUGCAUCACCAUGGACGUGUGCUCUCAAGUGCACCUGCAGGGUGACAAUAACUUCGUCAUCCACGGGGGAGAGUGUAUGCCCGACUGCCCGCCUGGCUUCACGCGCAACGAUACUAAUCGCAUGUUAUGCAGCGCCUGCAACGGUCCUUGUGACAAGCCCUGCGCGUCCGCUGUCAUCGAUUCUGUGGAUGCUGCUCAGCUUCUAAAAGAGUGCACCGUCAUCGAAGGCAACCUGGACAUCAACAUCCGCCGGGGAAAUAACAUAGCGUCUGAGCUGGAGAGCUUCAUGGGGUUGAUCCAAACAGUGACGGGCUAUGUGAAGAUCCGACACUCCCACGCACUUGGCUCGCUGUCCUUCCUCAAGAGCCUACGUUACAUCAAUGGACAGGAUCUCAUCGAGAACAUGUACGCGUUCUCAGCCAUCAACAACCAGCACCUGCAGUACCUGUGGGACUGGAAUCAGCACAACAUAACUGUCCUGAACGGGCGUCUCUUCUUCCGCCUGAACCCCAAACUCUGCAUGUCUGAGAUCCACAAGAUGUGGGAUAAGUCGGGCAUCACUGUGAAGCCAGAGGAAGGAGAUUUCCGGAACAAUGGUGAACGAGCAAGCUGUGAAAGUCAUAUUUUAAAAUUCAAAUCUAACAUCACAACAAGCCACGUGAUCACGAUGACGUGGGAGCGCUACCGGCCGCCAGACUACGGAGACCUGAUCAGCUUUAUUGUUUACUACAAAGAGUCGCCUUUUCAGAACAUCACUGAGUUUGAUGGCCAAGAUGGCUGCGGCUCUAACAGCUGGCACAUGGUGGACGUGGAUCUCCCUCCGGAUAGAAACGGUGACCCCAAAGUCAGUCUUCAACACCUCAAACCCUGGACCCAGUAUGCUAUUUUUGUGAAGGCCAUCACCCUGCAGGUGGAGGACAAACACAUCACAGGGGCAAAGAGUGAGAUAGUCUACAUUCGAACGCGCCCAUCAUUGCCAUCAAUGCCCAAAGACCCCCGUGCAUAUGCCAACUCCUCCACCAAGCUGUUGGUGAAGUGGUCACCUCCAGCCUUCCCAAACGGAAAUCUGACGUACUACCUGAUCCGCUGGCAGCGACAAGCUGAAGACAGAGAGCUCUACCAACAUAACUACUGCUCCAAAGAGCUGAAGACCCCGAUCCGCAUCCCGGCCACAGGGCUCACGGACAUGGAAGACAACACCAAGCCCACCAAGUCUGACCUGGCGGGGGGAGAGAAGGGUCCGUGCUGCGCCUGCCAGAAGACGCCAGAGGAGAAAGACCGGGAGAAGGACGACCGCGUCUUCUUCAAAGUUUUUGAGAACUUUCUUCACAACGCCAUCUUUCUGCCGAGACCUCCAGACCGCAAACGUAGAGAUGUUUUUGGCGUGGCUAACGACACUCUGUUAAACGACCUUGGCGGUAGGGGGAACAGCACCUUUGGCCCGGGGGAUAACACUACAGAUGGAAUACCUCCCAUCAGGGAGUAUCCGUUCUCCGAGGAAAAGAGCACAGCAGAAUAUCUAGAAAUCCCAAACCUGCGACCUUUCACUGUGUACCGCAUCGACCUCCACGCCUGCAACGAGGAGGUGGGCCGCUGCAGCGCAGGAUCCUUCGUUUUCUCCAGGACCAAACCUGCAGUCAGAGCAGACGACAUCCCUGGAAAGGUGAUCUACGAGAGGAGCGACAAGGUGGAGGGUUGUGUGGUGCUGCACUGGAAGGAGCCUGUUAUGCCCAACGGAGUCAUCCUCAUGUAUGACAUCAAGUACCGCCUCGGGACUGAGCCUGAGAAACACGAGUGUGUGUCACGACAGCAUUACCGCGAGCACAGAGGAGCUCGGCUGUCCAACCUGGGCUCAGGGAAUUACUCUGCUCGCGUGCGCGCCACCUCUCUCGCAAGCAACGGCUCGUGGACAGAGAGCGUGUUCUUCUACGUGCCUCCGCCAAAACGAGACAAUGGUGUUACGUUCUACUUGGUCAUCAUUAUUCCCAUCAUAGUGACGCUCUUCAUUGCCAGCCUCACCACAAUUCUCUUCUUUGUGAACAAAAAAAGGAACAGUGACAGAUUGGGGAAUGGAGUCCUUUACGCCUCUGUUAACCCAGAGUACUUCAGUGCAGCUGAGAUGUAUGUCCCAGAUGAGUGGGAGGUGGCCAGAGAGAAGAUCACCAUGCACAAGGAGCUGGGCCAGGGCUCCUUCGGCAUGGUGUAUGAAGGGAUCGCCAAGGGAGUGGUCAAGGACGAACCUGAGACGCGCGUGGCCAUCAAAACGGUCAACGAGUCGGCCAGCAUGAGAGAGCGCAUCGAGUUUCUGAACGAAGCCUCGGUCAUGAAGGAGUUCAACUGUCACCAUGUGGUCCGGCUGCUGGGCGUGGUCUCUCAGGGACAGCCAACCUUAGUGAUUAUGGAGCUGAUGACCCGUGGAGAUCUCAAGAGCCACCUGCGCUCUCUGCGCAAAGAAAACUCCACAACCCAGGUCCUACCCCCGCUCAAAAAGAUGACCCAAAUGGCAGGGGAAAUCGCCGAUGGCAUGUCGUACCUUAAUGCCAACAAAUUUGUCCACAGAGAUCUCGCUGCCAGGAACUGCAUGGUAGCAGAGGACUUCACUGUGAAGAUUGGAGAUUUUGGCAUGACGAGAGAUAUUUAUGAGACGGAUUACUACCGAAAAGGAGGGAAGGGCCUGCUGCCUGUCCGCUGGAUGUCUCCGGAGUCACUGAAAGACGGCGUGUUCACCACAAUGUCUGAUGUCUGGUCAUUUGGCGUGGUGCUGUGGGAGAUUGCCACCUUAGCAGAACAGCCCUACCAGGGCAUGUCCAACGAACAAGUGCUGCGUUUUGUCAUGGAGGGAGGACUCCUGGACAAACCCGACAACUGCCCCGACAUGCUUUUCGAGCUGAUGAGGAUGUGCUGGCAGUAUAACCCAAAGAUGCGUCCGUCCUUCCUCGAGAUCAUCAGCAGCAUCAAAGAUGACCUGGAUCCUCCCUUCAGGGAAAUGAGCUUCUUCUACAGCGAGGAGAACAAGCCGCCGGACACAGAGGAGCUCGACAUGGAGGUAGAGAAUAUGGAGAACAUUCCACUGGACCCUGCAUCCACCAGGCAGCCCUCGUCAGCUGCUCCAUUAUCAGGCUGUAUGGGAAGCACACCCCCUCCAUCUACACAGCAGCAGCAGCAGCAGCAGUUAUCCCCUGUGCAAGGCCCGAGUACUCCUUUACUGGGACCUGUAUCUCCCUCCUCCCCGGGCCCCGUCGCCUCAGGUUUGGCGUCUCCAGGCCAAGCGUUGGACAAGCACUCAGGACAUGUGACGGCCAACGGGCCCGUGGUGGUGCUGCGGCCUAACUUUGACGAGAUACAACCCUAUGCACACAUGAACGGAGGCAGAAAAAACGAACGUGCAUUACCGCUGCCCCAGUCGUCGGCCUGCUGAUAUCAGACCACCCGACCCCCCCACCCCCCCUUCCUCCUUCUCUUACACAGGGUAACACAAACUCUCAUCCAUCUCAUUAUGAGAGAUGGAUGACUUUCUUUCUACUGUGUGCCAGUAGAUUGCCUCUCCACUCUUUUUAAGGUCAAACUAUAAACUCUAAAAAAAAAACUGCAAAAGAGCACAGAAACCUGUUUCAAGCAUUUGGAGUUUGGUGGCUCAGACUCAACACUGGGAACUUCCUUCCUGUGCAGCCUGUACUCCAGUCUUUGUUACAUGAAUCCUUCAAGAAGGAAACUUACACAGGCUUAUGUAUCCUGACUUACAGAUUCCGACAUUGGACUUAAAAGAAUAAUCAUUUCUAAGCAUAUCCGCCAGCAAAUCCAACAGAAGAGCACUUUUUUUCCUCAUGAUUUCAGAGAGGAUGUUGUGGAUAUCUGAGUGUGUAUUUAUACAAACGUGAUUCUCUCUCUAUGAUACGGUAUAGUUUCAUUUCUAAAUGACUUUCCAUUAAAAAAAAACAAAGACUUUGUUUACGUGAGCAGAGUGGCUCAUGUCAUGUGAGGAUGCCUCAAUUAGAACGGUUGGACCGAGAAAGUCAUUUUUUAAAAUUUCCCCUGUUGAUGUUUCUAUGGAUGUAGAUCCCGACAGGAGCAGGUCAAAAAUCUGAAGAGGGAGGGAGGGCCUGUUGUGUAUCUGCCAAAAUUGCCAAAUCUCGCUUUCUCUCAAAUUUCAAACAGGUCAGCCUUCUUGUGAAAGGGUGUGAUUCAGAGUUGAGAUCCAUCUGCGUGUGGAAUAACAGCCAAACUGUUUGCUGAUAUUCAGACUUUAUUGCUUAUCUUCAGGCCCAGCUGCUCCUGACACAGCUGUGUGUGUGUGGUUGGUUUGUAACAGAACAAAAAUACAAUGUUACUCUUCAGUUGGGCUGCAUUGACACCUGCAGGAAAAAGCUGUCUCAAAAUGUUCAGUGUCUUAAAGGAUGUAGUAAAUCCUUUUGGUCCUGUGAUACUUUAAAUUGAAUUUCUUAAGACUUAAGGCUCACUCACACGAGGCCCAGUAGUCUCGUACCAUCCCGAAGCACCAUUGUUCCCUGCUGGUUUGCACUUGCGGUCUCAGAGUCAGCACAACACAAAGAACACGACCACAACUUUACUGACUUUGUGACUUCUUUUGACUCGUUUUUUUGGUCAGAACUUGCUCUCUAACACUCCUUGAUUUCUGGAUAAUGCGAGGCGCCGAUAGAUUUUUACGACAUGUCCAGCGUUGCGUUCCUGUGCUGGUGCUCAUGCGUCAGCAGCCGUUCGGUACCAAAGCACACCUCUUCCAACCGUGCCCCGGGGCCAAGGAGGUGCACCAUGCUUGAGCACCAGUACAGAUUGCUUAGUGUGAGUGUGCCAACUCUGAAUCACAGCCUUCGUCUGGGUUUGUUAAAAAACACAAAAAAACACCAUAAACUAUAUGAAUGAAAGGUAUACACCUGACUUUGAUGUUUUAUUUAUAUUCUAGUAUAAACCAAAUUUCAAAGUCAUUGUAAUCACUUAUGUUCAUCCCUCAAAGGAUACGAUUCUGCCUCCACUUUUAUUUAUCAGAUUUUCUUUUUCUAAGUGUGCGUUUCAUGCGGCAGGUUUCAUAUAAAAUGACACCAAACACAAGAAACAAGCAGAGUCAAAAGAACUGAGACAAGAAACAAGAAGGUGUUGGAUUGGAUUUUUUAGCAGCCUAGAGAGGACUUUUAAAAUCACAACAGGUCUCUUUUGGAAUAGUGGUUAGCUAGUCUGCAUUUCAAACACAUAUGAAGGUCUUACAGUUGUAUUUUUAGACUGCAAGAUCACUUUUCUACACAUCAUUGGUUUUGUCACUUUUUUAAAAAACCUUUUUACGGUUCAAAAAUAUUUGCCUCUAUGUCUGUACAGAACAAAGCUGCUAUUUUAUUCUUUUUCUCUUUUUGGAUGUUAUAUAUAAAGAAAUCCUUCAGGUUUGGUAUUUUACGGUCUCCACAAAUGUCAACUUCUUAUAUCUUCAGACUCUGUUUAAGAAAAAAAAAAAAAGAUAAAACAAGGACAAAAAAACGUUGAUUUAGAUAUAAGACAUCUUUUUUUUUCUGUUAUCCCUAAAGGUUUUCUUCAACACUAUACUUUGCUCAUUGCCUUUUAUUUUUAUGAAAUCUUUCCUCCUGUAUUUGUUUUGUGGAUGUCUAUAUUAUUGUUAUUAUUAUUAUUGUUAUUAUUAUUAUUAUUAUUUGGAAUGGACACCUUAGCUCGAUGUGUGAGUGUGUACUUUCUGCACCCUUUUUGUACUUGUCUAGCACUGCGCCUAGCAUUGCCCUCUAGGUGCGACUCAAUCUCAGGUCAAAGUAAAGGCUUUGCUUUCUCCACACAUUCUCAUGAUUGUCCUCUACUUGUCCCAGCUGCACCUCCCCCCCCCCCCUCCCCCUCCCCCUCCUCUCCUGCCCCCAUCAGUAGUGCCCUAUUUUCUCCCCUCUGGUCCCUCAUUGGCUCAUAACAAACUGUACCUGUUUCCUCCCCUGGUGCCUCCUUUUGAAGUCAGGAUUAGUCCCAGUAUCUGAGAUACGUACUUUGCACCAGAUACGGUCUUUUAACCCAUCCAUUUCCUGGCUCUUCUUGACUGAACAGGGCUAAUUGGGUUGUCUUAUUUGCCUUAAUCAUGCCAACCAUCUCGCAACUAUUCAAAAAAUAAUCACAUUUUGUCCCUCAAACAUUUGAGCUCUCGAGCGCAAUCCAUUGCUCCCUCUGCUGUGUUACUUCCAGACGAUGAGAACAGGUCUCAUUGUUUGUCUUCAUAAUCACUGCUUCUGAGAACCAAAUAAAGGAUGGGUUAAAGGCCAGGGAAGGGAACACACUUCAAUGUCAUGAAUGGAAAAAAAAAAAAAGGUCUUAAAAGCAGAGGCUGAACAGUGAAAGUGUUUUGAAGGAUUUCUCCUCAUCGUUUGGAAAUGUUGCCUGGUGAUUAUUUUUUAUCUCUUUAUCUUUAAAAGAUUUCUGUGUUAUUUAUUUAUUUUUUUAUUUUUCCUUUUGUGAUAUCAGUUUAAAUCACUGUAUAAAUGCCCCAUGAUUCAGUAUAAAGUUGGAUUUUUUUU